UACAAACUAUAACUUCUAUAAGUUAUGAUGGUACACCAAUCAGUCGUCAGACUCAACAAGUUGGAAAACAAUUAACUAAUAUUUACAAUAAUAAUAAUACACAAAUGAAUGGUUCAUGUUUAUCACCAUAUGCUACGUUAACACCAAUUUUAGAAUUUCAUUCACAUUCUAAUUGUAUAGGACAAUCAAAUUCUAUGCAUCAAAUGUCAUCAACACAUUUACAACAUAAUUUACAUCAAAAUCACCAAACAAAUACAUUUGUAUCAAUACUUAGUCCAUCACAUCAUAAUAAAGUAUUUACUGGCAGUAAUUGUACGCGUCAUUUAUCAACUGCUAUCUACGGAAGUCAAUCUCAAAUUAAAAAUGGUACGUUACCAUCAAUUGAUAUGAGUUUAUCAAAUGAACAACAUCAAAAUAUGUUAUCAUCAAUUCGUCAAUUACAAUCGUGUUGUACAAUUGGUACUAUCCAAGGUAUAACUAAUACAACAAUCAUAUCACAAUCCCCACUAACAUCAUCAUCAGCAGCAAUGGUAGCUUCAGUCUCAGCAUCAACAGUACAAGUAGCAUUACCAUUUUUACUAACUUCUACAAGUACAUCAUCCUAAUCUUUUCCUUUUGACUCAGCAAAGAAAAAUUAACAAUCUAAUCUUUUUUGCCGCUAUUUUUUUCUUUUCAUCAAAUUUAUUUCUUAUUUUCUAGAAAAUAGUUGAUAAAUUUUUCAUUUUUCUUACUGGUCUUCUUUCUCUUGUUUUCCAUCUGUUUGUUUAGUUACUUUUUUCCAAAUAUUCUCUUACUUCAAUUCAUUUUUUUUCUAAAAGAAGAAUAAAGAAACAAAGUACUUGAAACAGCACAUUUUGAAAUGUAUUACUACCUUUGAGCUUUGUUGAAUCGGUAUUUUUUUUCCCAAGAUUACUUACUGUCAGUUUUUCACCUCAGUUUUUAUAAUUUUUUUCAUCUAAUUUUCUUACUACAAGCCAACCAACCAACCACUUGCCUUAUCAUUUUUCUCUAUUAAGAACUAUGCUUCGUUUUUUGUAUGAUGCUUUCGAACUUUUUUCACAAUUAAAAAAAAAGAUGAAAACGCUUUUUCUACAUGUUGAUUAAUCAACCAUCUUAUUACCUUGGUCCUUGGUGCUUUUAUCUGUUGUUAUGUUCUUUUAUUAUUAAUAGUACUAUUAUUGUUUCCAGUUUUCUGCACCACAUUCCAACUUUUCUAUUUCCCAUAGAAAUUGUUAUAUAUCAAUAGUUUUUUUUAUGAAAUAUUAGUUCUUGUUCCUGGCGUUUUGACUGCCAUAUUGUAUUAGCACAUUCGACAUUUUUUUGGCCUACAGAAUAAAUGUAUUCAGUCAAGGUGUAAAAAAGACUGAGAUGAACGUUUUUGUUUUCUAGUUGUGAAUAAAUUUUUUGCAGUAUUUUG